UCGGUGCGCCUGGCAGGCGGGGCGCAGUCGCAAAACGGCAACCGCAGCGCUCAGACGUGUCGCGGCGAUCAAAUCGAAAGAAACAACAACAACAAGCAGGCAGGCAGACCCCCAAUCUAACCGAAAGUGUCUCAAAACUCCAUCUUGCCAUGCUACGCAUCCUUGCCGCCGUACUUUGUGCGCUCCUCUGGACGCCCAGUCUGGCCCUGAGUUCUCCCGGCCUGCAGGUGGCCAAGCAGUGGAAACUUUUGCGCUACAACUUCCAGCCUGGGGCGCCGGUGAGCGAUGCCAACUUUUACAGUCCACAGAAUGUGCUCAUCACGGGACUGGCCGUCACGGAUAGCCGCAUCUUUGUGGCCACGCCCAAGCUGUUCACGGGCGUACCCUCAACCGUGAGCUGGGUGCCGAAGGCGGAGUUUGGUGACUCUCCCACGCUGCAGGCCUUCCCCGACUGGUCCUUCUCCAACACGGCACGCAGCGACUUCAAUUGCAGCGACCUCAUCCUCACCUCGGUCUAUCGCCUGCGGCUGGACUCCUGCAAUCGCCUGUGGCUGCUGGAUGCUGGCAUCUCUCGCUCGCUGGAGGACUACGAGGUGACUUGUCCACCCAAGAUCUUGGUGGUGGAUCUGGCCACGGAUCGGGUGGUGCGCCGCAUUGACUUUCCCCGCGAGGUGCUGCGCGGCGAGUCGCUCUUCACGAACAUGGUGAUCGAUGAGACGACGGCCAAGACCUGCGACGAUGUGUUUGUGUACAUCACGGACACCGUGGAGCCCGGCAUUGUGGUCUACGACAGUGGCAAGGAUGUCACCUGGCGCGUCUCCCAUCCAGCCAUGUAUCCCGAUCCGGAUUUUGCCCAGUCCGAGAUCCUCAACGAUCGCUUCGUGCUGAUGGACGGCGUUGUGGGCUUGACCUUUGACGAGCGCAAGGGCGUGGUGUACUUCCAGCCGCUGGCCACGGAUCGCGUUUUUUCAGUGCACAAGAAUGUGCUGCGCGCCGGACCCCUGCCCGAUGGCAAGAUGCUGGACGUGAAGCUGGUGGGCAAAAAGUCCUCCCAGGGCAUUGGCCUGUCCGUUUCGCCCUUCGACAGCAGCUUGAUCUUCAGUCCGCUCAGCGAGACGGCCAUCGCCUCGUGGAACCCCACGACCAAUCAGCAGUCGGUGCUGGCCUACGAUCGCGAUCAGCUGCAGUUUGUGGCGGACAUCACGACUACGCGCUCGGAGCCGGGCGUCAUCUAUGCCAUCUCCUCGAAGUUCCAUCGCUUCUUCCUGAAGAAUCUCAACGCCAACGAGUUCAACAAUCGCAUUGUGCGACUGGAGCUGCCCUCUGGCUCGCUGUUGGGCCACCACCUGCCACUGCCCCCCGCUCCCGCGCACAACAGUCUGCUCAACUAUGGUCUGUACAACACCCACACGCAAGCCUCCUCGAACGCCCUGCAGACGUACUUCAGCAGCCCCGCGCUGACCACGCCCUUCACCACCAAGACCCCCUUCCGCUUCGAGAGUGCCGGCGCCGUGCAGUACGGCAUACGGAACCCGUUCACGGCGCUCAACCAAGGGGAGGCCUUUCCGCCCAGCAAGGCCACCAGGGACAACUUCCAGCGCUCCUAUCUGGACACCCUGGUCGGUACUACGGCGCCCGCGCGCCCGGUCGCUGCCCCCACGCCCUACACUACACGCCACAGCGGCUAUUACUAUCAGCGCGGGAAGCGUGAGCUGCAGGCGGAGAAGGAGCAGCAGCAGGAGCAGCAUUAAUGCUC